CAGUUGUAACGCACACAUCUUUCAUGUCCGUAGCGCGGGUGCACGUAUUUCUGAACUAAUAAUUCCACUGCACAGUGGCUUUAAUUACGACUGUAGUAUUUAAAAAAAAAGGAAAAACAUUUUCGCUUGAUACUGUGUUUUGUGUUUAUGUAGUGGAAAUGAGGACAUUACAGAUUUACUGCGUUAUAUGGAUUGUCAUGGGACUUGUGUCGGCGCAAAUGGAACAUUUUAAUUUUACGUAUGCAAUGGCAUCGCUAUGUAAGGAGCAUGUCUGUAAGCACGGUUACAGUUACGAAGUUUUCUACGAAGUGAACGCUGAAGACAGGAAGGUAGUACGGUCAGAUCCCAGCGUAGUCUACGAGAUGCAUAUCGCUAUAAUGGCGGCGAGUAACGGACACAUACUCCUGUCUACUGUACCCAAGCCAGAUACAAGCGAUCCUGUUUAUGAAAUUGUUGUUGGAGGAGGUGGUAACAGAUUCACCGAACUUCGUGCAAACCUCAAAAGAAAUGCCAAAGCAUCAGCAAAGACAUUACAAAUUUUAUCAUCCGUUGAUUUUAGGGCAUUUUAUAUUAAAAUUACAGAAGAUGGACUUAUUGAAUUCGGAAUAGAGGGUGAUGCUUUACCAAUACUGAGCUAUCAGGAUAUGAAUCCGAUUACCGUGAGAUAUUUCAGUUUUGCAGCCUGGUCUGGUGUAGAAGCGAAAUUUCUAUACGAUUGUCCUAUACCAUCGGCUAAUGGGAAAGAAGGGACGAUUCCAGUAACACCCGAUUCAAAAGCAGUGGAACCAAAAUUGUCAAACUCAGAGAAAUUGCAGAGAACUCUGUUACUAGGCAAAGACCCUGGUAUGCCGCCAGGACCUGACGUCAAUGUCGACCUGGGUGUAAGAGUUGUCAGUGUAACGUAUGAUGCGUAUACUUCAAAAUUGACUACUGGGCUUUCCAUUAUUAGGAAGUGGACUGAUGACAGCUUGGCAUGGAAUCCAAAUAAAUUCAAUGGAAUAGACCGGCUCACAUUUAGACAAGGACAAAUAUGGAGUCCACAAUUGACUGUUUUCAAUACGGAUAGCCAAAACAUGUUAGACGACAGAAAUCCCGAAUUGAUAUCAAUGGAUAACAGUGGCACAGCAAUCCUACAUAUGAGGACUACUACAGACACUUGGUGCUUCGAUUAUGAGAACACUGUCACAAAGUGGCCACGAGACAAAUACAUCUGCGCUAUAGUUAUUGAACUUUGGGAAGUACAUGAAAUAGUAACCCUAAAUGUACUCCAUCCUUCAACAAGCUAUGAACUAGAAAUUAUUGACGGAAUUGAGGAAGAUAUACAAAAUGCUUGGGAGGUGUCAACUACGCAAGCUAUCGUAGAUGUGUUGUCGUGGAAGAAGAACUACGCUUCUAAUGAUAAUUUCACACAUCAAAGUGAUCGACUUGUAAUUACCGUUAACUUACAACGACGAGCUACCGUUUAUAAUAUUGUAUUUUAUACUCCUUUACUAGUUCUUGUUACAUUUGUGCUGCUUUCGUUUUGGAGUGAACCUUUAAGUAUGAAGCGGGUUUGGUUCUACGCCGGUUGCAGCGUUGUUAUAUGCAUGGGCCUAUGUUAUAUCGACGUUUUAGUUCCAUGCCAUACCAUCCCCUCCAUAUUGAUCCUUUACGUAGUAAUUUUGUUUGGAGUUCUUUUGGCUAUGUUGAUUCAAUUAGUGCUAAAGACGUCGGUAACCAAAACCUUAUGCAAGACGACUCUCAUUCAAACCAUGUUAACUUCACACUACUUUAGAAGCUUAUUUUGUUUGGCGCCAUUGAAGGUAUGUCAUAUAUACGAAAGUGUAAAUGAUGGCUAUGACUCUGAAGUUGUAGAACCUCCAAGAAAUGGUAAUGUUGAAGAAAUGGAACGUGAAAAGGACGACUAUAAUGAAUGUAACGAUCUAGCUGAGGCCAUUGAUAAAUCUAUGUUUGUGAUCUACUCCCUAACAUUUGCAAUUAUGCUUGCAAUGCAUUUUUAAUGAUUGUGUUAUAUUUGUUAUUACAUUAUUUGUAAAUAGAAUUUGAGUAUGAAAUAUUAAGGAAUAAUAAUUUGUUUAUUUAU